AUGCUAUUCUAUUUUCUAGGUUUUAUAGACAAUAUUCGUCGGAGAAAGCGAAGGGAGCUCACUCCUGAACAAAAGCAAGAAAUAUGUGAGGCCUUUGAUCUUUUCGACACUGAUAAAGAUAAUGAAUUGAGCUAUUAUGAAUUUAAAGUAGCAUUAAGGGCUUUGGGUUUUGAAAUGAAGAAGCCGGAUGUCCUAAAAAUGCUUCAAGAUUACAAUAUCAAGGAUGAAUCUGGAAAAUUGCGUUGGGAAGAUUUUAAUGAAAUAGUUACUGAUAUGUUACUAGAGCGCGAUCCCACCACCGACAUAAUUCGGGCUUUUAAAUUAUUUGAUGAUGAUGAUUCUGGAAAGAUUACUUACCGCAACCUUAAGAAAAUUGCUCGCGAAAUCGGUGAAGCUCUUAGUGAUCAGGAGCUUCGUGCUAUGAUAGAAGAAUUCGAUAAGGAUGGCGAUGGGGCUAGUAAGAUACAUGACUCUUCUGUUUAA